AUGUGUAGCCAGGUCUGCUGCUGCAGCCCAGCUCCCUGCAGUGCCUCCUGCCCCUGCCGCUGCUGCUGCAGCCUCCACCUGAAGGUGUCCACGGCCACGCGGCUCCUCUACGUGCUCUUCCAUGUCUUGGCCUGUGCUGUCUGCUGCUUCCUGCUCUCUCGCACGGUGGUGGAAGCCCUCCAAGAGAACGUGCCUCUUUAUGCAGUGCUGUGUGAGCAUCUCCAGGGAGGGCCCAGCUGCAACCUCCCGGUGGGCUACUCAGCUGUCUACAGAGUCUGCUUUGGCACCGCCUGCUUCCACCUGGGCCAGGCCGCUUUCCUGGUCAACGUCAAGUCCAGCACCAACUUCCGAGCCCUGCUGCACAACGGGUUCUGGCUCCUCAAGCUUCUCAUCCUGGUGGGUCUCUGGGCAGCAGCCUUCUUCAUUCCUGACCGGCGCUUCAUCCGAGCCUGGCACUUGGUGGGGGUCUGUGGCGGCUUUGCCUUCAUCCUGGUGCAGCUGGUGCUGAUCACAGCCUUUGCCCACACCUGGAACAAGAACUGGCUGACGGGCGCCUCCAGAGACAAGCGCUGGUGCCUGGCAGUGCUCCUGGCCACGCUGGGCUUCUACACGGUGGCCGUCACGGCUUUCGCCUUCCUGUGCCACUUCUACACCCACCCUGGCGGCUGCGUCCUCAACAAGGGGCUGCUGGCGCUGAACGGCAGCCUCUGCCUCCUGGUGUCCUUGGUGUCCGUCACACCCUGUGCCCGCCUCCGACCAGCUAGUUCGGGGCCCCUGCAGGCCUCCAUCAUCUGCUGCUACAUCAUGUACCUGACCUUCUCCGCCCUCUCCAGCCGGCCUCCGGAGAAAGUGCAGUACCAGGGGCAAAACCUCACCAUUUGCUUCCCCAGCAUCGGCAGGGAUGGGAACGGGAUGCAGAGGGAGAACACGGCUGUGGCCGCCUUGGGAGCAGGAGUCAUGUAUGCCUGCGUCCUCUUGGCCUGCAACGAAGCCUCUCUCCUGGCGGAGCUCUUUGGGCCUCUGUGGAUGGUCAAGGUCUACAGCUUGGAAGUCAAGGAGGCCUCCUGCUGCUUCUGUUGCCCAGCCCGAAGGGAAGAGGAGGAGCGGGCAGGGCCUUCUGACGAGGCUGACCGGGUGGUCUACAGCUACUCAGCCUUCCACUUUGUGUUCUUCUUGGCCUCCUUGUACGUCAUGAUGACCCUCACCAACUGGUUCAGCUACGAGAGUGUGGAGCUGGAGACGGCCUUCACCCACGGCAGCUGGUCCACCUUCUGGGUCAAGGUGGCCUCUGGCUGGGCCUGCGUUCUGCUCUACCUCUGGCUGCUGCUGGCUCCUCUCUGCCUAGCAGACUCUCUUCGCAAGCCCCGCCACCCCAGGCAGCGCAUUAUACGGAGGCGGCGGCAGCGGCGAUGUGUGCUUCACCCGGUGCAAGCAGCAGAGGCUGCGCAGGUGUGGAAGUUGCAGUCUUCAGGGCAGGCAGGAGUCCAAACAGGCUGCAGCACAGAAAACCACACGGUCUCCAGCGGAGAGGCUGCUCCUGCCGGGGAGAUGGUGACCCUCGGACACCCACCUCAGGCCCCCUCCCUGCUGCCGUUGCUCUGCCGCUCACAUCCACAGCUCCGGGGCAAGUGUCUCAAUAACUGUACAGCCGCCCAGCUGCAGCUGUGGGAGGAAGCCCUGGCCUCCUGCGAUGAGGCCCUGCACCUGGAUCCCCACACCCCCAAGGCCCUCUUCUGGAAAGGCAAGCUGCUGGCGGAGCAGGCGGCCACAGAGCUGCUGAAGAGAGCCCUCCAGCUGGAACCGGCCACCAAGCAUCCUCCGGCCACCCAGGAAAGAGGCUCUCAGGAGCUUCCCUCAGACAUCCUGCUUUAA